CAGCGACGUGGUCCGAGAAACUGUGGACUCGCUGAAGCUCCUCGCUCAGGGUCACGGGACGGUGAUGGCGGACGACGGUUACCCAGAGUGCAGCGUGGUGGAGGAGGGGCGGGGCUUCCUGGGUCCUAAAGUGAACGAGUCUCCACUGCACCUGCACGGACAGAACCACAUCCACAGGUACGAGGACGCGGCGGACAGCGUGGCCGACGGCUCGUACUGCGAGAUGACGCCCCUGCUGGACGACCAGGGCAGCGCCAGCGGGUACAGCCCCGAGCCCGACGAGGACACCACGUCCGUCGCCUCCGAGAGAUCAGACGAAACGUUCGACAUGAGCAAAGGGAACCUGAGUCUGCUGGAAAAGGCCAUCGCCCUCGAGUCCCAGCGAGCCCAGAACCUGAAGGAGCGAGGAGAACGGAGAACGAGGAGAACGGGGAGAACGAGGAGAACGGGAGAACGGAGAAGACACGAGAGACACGACAGCAUCAGGAGAGGGUACUACAGCAGAGAUUUGUCACGGGGAGAGAAAAAGGAGAGUAAGUGUCCGACUCCGGGCUGCGACGGGACGGGUCACGUGACCGGACUGUACCCGCAUCACCGCAGUCUGUCCGGGUGCCCACACAAGGACCGGGUACCUCCAGAGAUUCUCGCGAUGUACGAGAACGUUCUAAAAUGUCCGACUCCGGGCUGCUCUGGACGCGGACACGUAAACAGCAACAGGAACUCGCAUCGAAGUCUGUCCGGCUGUCCCAUCGCCGCCGCCGAGAAGAUGGCGAAAGUCCACGAGAAAACCCACAACCCGGACAGCAAAGGCCAGGCCUCGGACCGAGUGCUCAGACCCAUGUGUUUCGUGAAGCAGCUGGAGAUUCCGCAGUACGGCUUUAAAAACAACGUCCCGACCACGACUCCGCGCUCGAAUCUGGCCAAAGAGCUGGAGAAAUACUCGAAGACCACGUACGACUACAACUACGAGGGUCCGUACGGCAGGAGGGGUCCAGGGAAGGGCCCGAGGGAGACGUCCCCGAAGCCCUACGAAGUGCGUCGUCUGGGCCGCUCCAGCCCGUCCAGCUCCUACGCCCCGUCCACCUCGUCCAGCGCCAGCUCCACCUGCAGCAAGAGCAGCUUCGACUACAACCACGACAUGGAGGCGGCGCACAUGGCCGCCACCGCCAUCCUCAACCUGUCGACGCGCUGCAGGGCCGAGCACGCACGACUCACACAGAGCCCGGUGGGGGACCCUGAGGACAGCGUGUCUCUGGACGUGGGGGGCCUGAGGGGGGCUCCUGAGGGACCCGAGGGACCCGAGGGCAGCGGGACCGUCCUGACCCCCCUCCAGCCCAUGUCCCCCCAGCGCCAGGCCCUGCACCGCGAGCGCUGCUACGGCCUGGACCCGGCCCCCUGGGACCUGCCCCUGGACUACACCAAGAUCAAGACCGACAAGGAGACUGAGGACUUGGAUCCGUUCGGGGAUUUGAUGGAGGAGAGUCGUUUUUCCGGUGAGAUGCUCCCGGGAUCCAAACACCGGUUCAGCUGCAAAGAGCCCAAGAAGGAGCUGCUCAGUCUGUCCAGUUGUCAGAUUGGAGACAAAGUCCAGAGGAGUCUCCUGUCGUCCAGUUCUCAGGAGCUCAGGUGUCCCACUCCGGGCUGUGACGGGUCUGGACACAUCACGGGGAACUAUGCGUCUCACCGCAGUUUGUCCGGAUGUCCCCGAGCCAAAAAGAGCGGCCUCAAGAUCUUCCACAAAGAAGACAAGGACGACCAGGAGCCAAUCAAGUGUCCAGUCCCGGGCUGUGACGGACAGGGUCACGUGACGGGGAAGUACGCGUCUCACCGCAGCGCGUCAGGGUGCCCCCUGGCGGCCAAACGCCAGAAGGACAGUUACAUGAACGGAGCUCAGUUCAGCUGGAAAUCCGGGAAAACCGACGGGAUGAGCUGCCCCACGCCGGGAUGCGACGGCUCCGGUCACGUCAGCGGCAGCUUCCUCACUCACCGCAGUUUGUCCGGAUGCCCUCGCGCCUCGUCGGCCAUGAAGAAAUCCAGACUCAGUGGGAUGGACAUGAUGACGCUGAAGCAGAGAGCGGCUAAAGGGAUCGAGAACGAUGAGGAGAUCAAACAGCUCGAUGAAGAAAUCAAAGAUCUGAACGAGUCCAACAGCCGCGUGGAGUCGGACAUGAUCAAACUCAGGACUCAGAUCACGACGAUGGAGUCCAGCCUGAAGUCUCUGGAGGAGGAGAACAAAGUGAUCGAACAACAGAACGACUCUCUGCUGCACGAACUGGCCAAUCUGAGCCAGACGCUGAUCUCCAGCCUUGCCAACAUACAACUGCCACACAUGGAGCCGAUGAGCGAGCAGAACUUCGACGCGUACGUGAGCACCCUGACGGACAUGUACACGCACCACGACCAGUACUGCACCAGCCCGGAGAACAAGGCUCUGCUGGAGAGCAUCCGCCAGGCCGUGCAGGGCAUCCAGGUGUAGCGCCCCCUGCAGGAGAGCGGGCGCGCACGUGUAGCCUCCAAGCACUGAGCUAAACACGAUCUCAAACAAGACGACAGAGCGACAGAGCGUCUAUAAAACCCAGGAACGGUACAAAUAAAACUGAGUGUGUCCGGGAAAUACAACAACA